GUGGAUCUGGCAGCGAGAGCACGCUUCCGGCCCUUGAGCGCGCCCAAAGCAUGGGAUUUGCCGCCCAUCGUGGUUGACAUUACGUAAACUGAGGUGGAGUUCGCGAAACUGUGCGUGAUUAAUAGACAGAGCGGGGCGCGAAGCCUGACCGUGUGCUCUAAACUCACCCUGAUUAAUGAGUGAAUCGUGAGGAAGUUGCUGGGCAAAAGUGUGACGACAAUUGUGGAUUGAGUGAUUGGAGAACAAAUAAUGUGAUUUAUUGUCUGGCGUGUUUUUGGGGCAUCGCUUACUGCAAAAUUGACUGUCGUGAGAGGAUGAUUGAGGGAUUUGCCUGGGAAUUAAUUCAAUUAGGCAUCACUCUGGGGUGGUGAUAAUUUUGAAUGUGACGAGGGUCCUCCGGAUCUCUCACGGGGCCAUCGUGUCGGAAGAGCGAUUGCGGGAUCAGGGAAUAGUGAAUUAAGCAGAAAUUGCUGUGGGCAACGUCCCAGAAAGUUGCUGCGCUGCGAACCCAAGAGACAAGUUUUAUCUCAUGCAAUUAAGAAGGUGAGAAGUGCAGUGGAGUGAUUCAAAUGGUGCAGAGUGGCGGCACAGAGUACUAAAGAGCCGCGCAGUGUGUCGUGAGGUGGAUUCGGGGGCGGCAGAGGAAAUUGUGAGGUUGUGCGGGGAAAAAUUCCUGAGAAAUGAUAAAGAGCCAGAGACGCAAGCGGCUUCAUGUGCUGAGAGCAGUUAAAUAGCAAGAUGCAUCGUCUCCACACUCUCAAUUUCCUGCAUUUGCUGAUCACAAUAGCGACAAUGAUGAUGCACAGCACAGCGGCGAGCCAUCAGGACGACAUUCAGGUCCACAGUCACGGAGAUAGCGGCCAAAUGACGCGGAGUAAACAGGAAGAAGUGGAGCUGCCGCCGCUCAAUUUACCAGAGAACACCUCGACGAUCGAUUGGGCUUCGACGACACCGCCAGAGACGCCCGUGGCGACGCCCGUGGCGCACGCUUUGACCACCGAGGCGCCGGCGAAGCCAUCCACGGCGCCGGCUGCUGAGCCGCCCUCGACGCGCGCCCCCGUGCGGCUGCGAACCAUUCCGCCCCACCACCGCCAUCACCCGCCGACGAACACCAGCGCGGGCAACUCGUCGGCCGCCAGGAGUCCUCUCGGGCCGCCCUUCAAGCCCGACCAUCCCAUCAAUAACUUCAUCUUCGACUCGCACUCGCCCGGCAAGCACCACCACCACAACGAUAGGUACGGGCCGCACUUCGAGGACAUAAAAACCGUGGGCAACGUCACGAACAUCACCGUGCAGAUUGGCAGCAGCGUGUAUCUGAACUGCAGGAUCAGCCUCCUCCAGGACAAAACGGUGUCGUGGGUGCGGCGGCGCCUGGAGGUGGGCGAAGACGGCAUGGAGCUGCUCACCGUGGGCCAUCACACGUACAGCGGCGACCCUCGCUACACGGUCGACUUCCAGUACCCCAGCAAUUGGCGCCUGAAAAUCUCGCCCACGCAGAGAAUUGAUGAGGGAACGUACGAGUGUCAGAUUUCCACCUACCCGCCAAGAGUCAUACAAGUGAAUUUGCAUAUUAAUGCUCCUGAGGUGAUGAUCAUCGACGAAAUGGGAGCGCCACUUCAGGACAAAUACUACGAGGUCGACUCGACAAUACAGCUCUCGUGUAUUGUGCGCGCCAUGAGGAUGCCGUCUUCCUUCCACUCCGUCUUCUGGACGCACGGGGAUCGCAUCCUGAAUUACGACGUCACGAGAGGAGGAAUAAGUGUAAAGACUGAUUUAAUGGAGGGCGGUGCAAACUCCACUCUCUUCGUGGCCAGAGUGAACAAAUCAGACUCUGGCAACUACACCUGCUCGAUAAGCCCAGCUCAAUUCUACACGGUGACGGUUCAUGUUCUAAAUGGAGAAAGCUACGCGGAAUUGCAUCACGGCAGCGCCACAACUCCAUCGCCGCAGUGGAAGUUUAUCGGCUCUGUGUGCUUUGUCGUCUGUCUGCUGGCAUGCCUGUGGCCCCACGAGGACACGCCACUCGUUGGCAACUCCCGGAUCAACAGAUGAGGCAAGAUGCUGCCCUCCGAGCACUCCAUCACUUCACUCUCACGCUCAGCCUCCGAUGGAAUCAAUUGUAGUCCCUGCAAUUGAUAUUCUGUGGGCGAUUCGGCAAUUUGUGGGACUUUUGAGAAACCAAUUAUCACAAAUUUAUCUCUUUAACUUAGCGCGUUUGAGAGGAUUUUCUUGGACGAGCCCAAACACCCGAAUGUUUAAGAUUGUGAUGACGAUGUUGAACAUCUUGGUGGAAAAGUGGCGCGAAAAGCGCGUCACGCGGGAAGAAUUUGGGCAGCUGGACCACAAAUGUAGCGUAUUUUUCUGUGUGUGUGACACAUUGGUGACGCUGUAAAGACAGAUGGAUUAAUUCAGAGGUUACUAAAUUAAUCAGAGACCUAUUUUAGUGAAUAUUGAUUAAAGACAAAAUGAUAUACUUGACAUUUAUUACAAUUAUAAACACCAUAUGAUAUUACCUACAAUUGAUAAUGGAUAUUUGACUUAUUCAGGACAAAAGCACUCAUUUCAGCAUGUUAUAAACCAUAAGAAAAGUGAGUUUGUACAUAGAAAAUGUAAGAACAGAAAAGCGUUAGCUUGAAUAUUGAUUGGUUUGAUGGACAAUUGUAAGGUGACAUGAGAAAUAUUCGAUAAAUGAUUAUGAUAUUGUAAUUUGAAAUUAGUUUAUUUUACUGACAAAAUAUUAUUGUAAAUAGUGACGAAAAUUGAGGGAAAUAAACAAGAAUUCUGUAAUUAAUUUGAUGAGAAGAAUAAUAUGAUGAAAAUAAAA